UCCUUUCACCGUUCCACGUAUUUCAGCAGCAACGCGCCCAGCUCGCUCCUCCAAGACACCAAUCUCAAGCUAGCUCCGUCGGCAACGCCAACCUUCAAUGCGGCGGAUCGAACACUUGCUUUCAUUGCGGACUACGGCCUGCGAGCCAAACAUCUGCACAUUAUCCAAUUCCAUGACUUGAAUAGCUUUUACCUGCAGAGCGUAUUCCAAGGUGAUCGUGCGUUCUCGUUUCCCACGGGACGCUUGACGCUACCCCCCCUGUCAUAAUGGCUGAAUCUUCGAGGCUUCACACACCUAGCCAUUCAAAUCGCACCGGCGAGGCGUCACUGUCUUUUGCGCAGACCACGGCCGAGUUCAGCCUCGACAGGGAUCUCGAUCUCGACCUGGACGACGACGACGAUGAUGCCGAGGACUUGCGUUUGCACGAGGCACGACUUGCCGGCGGCCAGGCCUACGAGCUCAAGAGCUUGAGGGCAUCGCCUGCAAAGGAUACUGAUGACGGAUGGGGCGAUGAAGCGCCUUCGCUACGGAGAAGAGCGAGCACCAGCACCGUCGCGAGCUUCCAGCUUUACGCCCCUGACGAGGAGAGAUCUGUUGUUCGCAAACACGACCGGAAGCUGGUAGUCUUUGUAGCACUGCUAUUUAUGCUCAGUUUCCUGGAUCGAUCUAACAUUGGCAAUGCGCGCAUAGCCGGCAUGGACGAGGAUCUGCAGACAAAUCCUCCGUGGGAUGGUUGGUAUGAGUGGACAUUGACGGCCUUUUACAUCUCGUAUAUCUUCUUUGAGUGGAUGUCACUGCUGUGGAAGCUCAUCCCUGCGCAUAUCUACGUCUCCAUGAUUGUCCUCUCGUGGGGACUGACCGCCUCGCUACAGUCCGUCUCCGUCUCGUAUCCUACGCUCAUCUUCCUUCGUGUGUUGCUAGGCAUUGGGGAGGCCGGCUUCACAGGUAUACCGUUCUACCUAUCCUUUUUCUUCAAGCGAGAGGAACUGGCAUUUCGUACCGCUAUUUUUAUAUCUGCCGCACCGUUAGCAACAACAUUCGCGUCCUCCUUGGCUUGGCUUAUAACCAACUAUGCACAAUCUGGCCCCAUAGCCCCUUGGCGCCUCCUAUUCCUUGUUGAAGGCUUCCCAUCAGUUCUCGCCGCCGUGGCGGCGUGGCACAUCAUUCCUGACAGCCCGGAUACGGCGCGCUAUCUCACUGCGCGGGAGCAAAAGGUGGCCCGCCUUCGACUUCGACACGAGAAGCCGAACCAGAAGAAGCAUGGGGGCAAGAGUUCCGGCAAUCUCAACAUUCAUGAAGUGUUUGCAGUCUUGUGCGAUCCCAUGGCGUUGCUGACCGCGGCCAUGUUCUUCCUCACCAACAUGGCGUAUUCCUCUCUACCCGUAUUCCUGCCCAAGAUCCUCACCGAGAUGGGCCACUCUCGCCUCGCAUCGCAAGGGCUUAGCGCGCCUCCCUACUUCCUGGCCUUUCUCGCCGUACUCUUCACGGCACAUCUAUCGGAUCGCGCGCAAACCCGGUCCAUUCCCAUUGUCCUACACGCCCUCGCGUCAGCUGGCGGAUACGCCGCGCUCGCACUAGCAAAACCCAUCGGUCUCUCGCCGCUGAUGCGGUAUCUCGCAGUGUACCCGGCAGCCAUUGGCUUCUUCAACGUCGUAACGCUCACCGUGGCAUGGAACAUCAACAACCAGGCGUCUGAGAGCAGGCAGGGCGGGGGGUUCGCGCUGAUGCAGAUUAUCGGGCAAUGCGGACCGCUCGUGGGCACGAGGUUAUACCCAGAUCGAGACGCGCCGUUCUACGCGCCUGGGAUGCAGGCCUGCGCGGGCGCGAUGCUCGCCGUGGCUGUAUUGGCGCUGUUUUUGAGGUUCUACCUAUCGUACUUGAACCGCAAGACUGACGCCGCUUGCACCCCUGGUGGCGAGGCCGAGGAGGAGGAGGGCUUGGUAGGUUCUGGGGCCGGUAAAAAGACGGCUGGCGAAGGGUUUCGAUAUAUGCUCUAGCGACCUUUGGGAGAGGGUAACAUUGUAGCAAAGUAUCCGUAUAUAGAAGUUAUGCGCAUCAGUGGGGAUUGUGAAGGUUGGCAGGUAGUCGCAGAUCAAGGCAUGGGAUGAACCUGCCAGCGCCGGCCUGCUCCUUCAUAAGAAACUUUCUACGACAAAAUGUUGCCUGACAGAAGAUUCAAUCUCAAGUUGGUGAUUGAUCGUCCC